UGGGGCCCGGGCGCGCGCGGGGCUGAGCCCGCCGCUCCGCGGCAUGGCCGGCAUCAUCAAGAAGCAGAUCCUGAAGCACCUCUCCCGGUUUACCAAGAAUCUCUCUCCAGACAAAAUCAACCUGAGCACCUUGAAAGGGCAGGGGCAGCUGACCAACCUGGAGCUGGAUGAGGAGGUGCUGCAGAAUGUGCUGGAGCUGCCCACCUGGCUGGCCAUCACUCGGGUCUACUGCAACAAGGCAUCCAUCAGGAUCCAGUGGACGAAGCUGAAAACACACCCAAUCUGCCUGUACCUGGAUAAAGUGGAGGUGGAGAUGCGGACAUGUGAGGAGCCUCGGCCACCCAAUGGACAGUCCCCCAUUGCUCUGGCUGCAGGUCAAAGUGAAUAUGGCUUUGCUGAAAAGGUGGUGGAGGGGAUGUUUAUUGUUGUCAAUUCCAUCACUAUCAAGAUUCACUCCAAGGCUUUUCAUGCAUCUUUUGAGCUAUGGCAGCUCCAAGGCUACAGUGUCAAUCCAAACUGGCAACAGAGCGACCUGCGACUCACCCGCAUCACGGACCCCCAGAGAGGAGAGGUUUUGACAUUCAAAGAGCUCACCUGGCAGACACUUCGGAUAGAAGCAGAUGCCACUGACAAUGGUGACCAGGAUCCUGUUACUACUCCUCUGAGACUCAUUACCAACCAGGGGAGGAUCCAGAUCUCCCUGAAGAGAAGGACCAAAGAUUGCAAUGUGCUGGCAUCCAAGCUGAUGUUUCUCCUGGACGACCUGCUCUGGGUGCUGACAGACUCACAGCUGAAAGCAAUGAUGAAAUAUGCAGAGUCUCUGAGUGAAGCCAUGGAGAAGUCUGCUCAGCAAAGGAAAAGCUUGGCACCAGAGUCUGUACAGAUCACACCACCUGCUCCAAGUACCCAGCAGUCCUGGUCUCAGCCCUUUGGAGUCAGCCCAAAUGCAAGUAGCAUCAGUCAAUACUUUGAUAAGCAUGACAUGAAGGAGUCCUCCUACCACCUCCUCAUCUCACGCCUGGAUCUGCAUAUCUGUGAUGACAGCCACACUCAGGAGACAGGCACUUUAAAGCAUGGGAUGCUGGGAGGUGCCAUGCAGCUGACCUUCAGGAGGAUGGCUUUUGACUAUUAUCCUUUCCACAGGGCAGGAGAUGCCUGCAAGCAUUGGGUGAGGUACAGUGAAGCAAUGGAAACACGGGGACAGUGGGCGAAGGAGUUGGUCAGUGAAUUUCAAAGCAAGAUUGAGAAGCUUUAUGAAGAAAUGGACCCUGCAUUUGCCAGGACUCCACUUUCCCCCUUCAAAAAGAAACCAGAUCCUUCAUUGAGUACUCAUAAAAGUCCCUCAGAGAAAGGCCGUGGACCUCCCACAAGUUUGCCCCGACUCAGGCACCCUCCUUGGAACCGGCUUCGAUCCAGCUGUGUGGUGGUUCGAGUGGAUGACCUGGAUGUCCACCAGGUUUCUACACCUGGUCAACAAAGUAAGAAACCCUCCAUGUUGCUUUCCUGUAGUAGAAAAUUCCUCAAACUUCCUCAUCAGGUCUCUGCAAUCCAUGUUGAGUUCACAGAGUAUUACUUCCCAGACAAUCAGGACUUUCCAGUUCCAUGCCCAAAUCUGUAUGUACAACUGAAUGGCCUGAUGCUUACCCUGGACACAGCAAGUGUGCUCUGGAUGAACCUCUUCUGCCUGGAUCUCUGUCGCAGCUUGGAGCAGUUCAAAGCCAUCUACAAGCUGGAGGACUCGGGCAAGCGGGAUGAGCACUUUGAUGUUCGGCUGGACGGCUUCAAACUGAAGCUGAACAUCCCUGUGGAGAAGAAAGUCUGUGACCAUCCGGAUCGUCCGCAGAGCCUCUGCAUCUGCAUGUCAGAGGUGACUGCCACCAACACCCGCCACGCUCCCUCCUGCACCUGUCAGGACCUCCAGAGCCUCUUCCGUCAGUUUGCCAGCUCGGAAUUCUUCCACUCCAGCUACACUAAGUUCCCAAGGUCUCAGGACAAUUUCAGUCUCCUCCACACCCUUUUCCUGCGCCAUGCCUACGAGGUGGAUGACAGGCCUCAGAAGCAGCCAGGCUUUCCCCAGCUGCUACGCAAAACCUCUGCCUCUGAAGAUCUGUGGUCUCUGAAUUUCACUGAGCUUUCCCUGGGCUUUGAGGGAGCUGAAAGCUCCAAGGGCAGAGCCCUUAGCUUUAUUGACCCUUUUCCCCUUUCUAUUUGGGCCUGCCUUCCCAAGAGAUGGAGGCAAGCUCAGAUAGCUAAGCGACAGGAAUUGGCUGCCCCUGAGUUGAAAAUCAAGCCCUCUGCCAGCUUUAGCCAUCACUCCAAGAAUGAGAACCUUUCCAGAGAACAUGGGUUUUGUCAAAGAUCAAAGACUGACCAGGAUCUGAAGAACAUCUCCAAGGUCCGAGAGACAAUGGAUGUCUUGGGGGAAUCUGACUGUGAAAUGGAUGGUGGAGUAGAUGAUAAAGAGCUGGAAGCCUCUGCUGAUGUCCAUGUCCUUGUGUCCUCCUCUGUUCAUGUCAAAGUUCGGCUCAACCACUACCAGUACUUGGUGCUACUCAGGAUGAAAGAAGUCCUGCAAGCACUACAGGAGCAGUUGGCCCAAGAUACCCAGGAAGUGACAGGGUCUCCUCUAGACCCCAUGUCUGCCUGUGUAGGAGUUGUGUUCCACAGUGCUGAGGUGGCCCUACUCAUGAAUCCUGCACCAGGCUCUGCCUUGGAACCCAGGUCCCUGGACUCGGACACAACAAGCUUGAUUGAGUCGGAGCUCUCGCCUUCAGACAGCAAGGAGGGGCUGGUGGCUGAAGAGAAGGGACUGAAAUCAGAGACCAGUUCAGAGAAGGGAGUAUGCAGCAUCUCAGAGGCCCUGGAGGACAGUGGGAUUGAAAAUACAGGUCCCAGUGUAACCACUGUACCACUGGAGAGACUUCCAAGAUCCACAAGUGAUGGAGUUUUGAGUACAGCUCCACACAGUAAGAGCAUAGAGGAGAAAGGUUUGAUAGAGGAAGCCCAUGAAGCUGUGGAAGCUCUGGUUGCAGAAAGACCAGCAGAGAGCAGCAGCCAUCCUCAGAGCCCUCCUGCCCUCCCUCCUAGCCCAACCUCAGACACACAGCCCUUGGGAAGGGGAAACGCUGCUCUCAAUGGGCAGGCAGAGCUCAUCCCUUUGAAGAACAUCGAGGUGGAGCUGUCUAGUGCACUGCAUAUCACCAAGGAUGCCACAAAGGAAGCUCUGCACGUCACUAUGGACCUCACCAAAGAAGCCAUGUCUAUAACAAAAGAUGCUUUGAGCCUGAGCCGGGAGAAGAUGACCUCCACCAUGCAGAAGAUGCUCUCCCUCCCCCCAGCCAAGGAUUCUGUGCCCAAAGCAGAAGAGGGAGCAGUGACUCCAGGUGGGGGCAGCAGCAGCCGAAUGAGGUUCUUCUCCAUGAAGAGGACAGCAUCCCAGCAUUCCUUUGACACCACAUCCGUGGAUGGGAGUGGCCCUGAGGAUGGGCUGUCUGUGGACAGCGAUGGCAGCGAUGGUUUUGUGAUGCUGACAGACUCUGAACCCAGCCUGGACCCUCUUCCCUCAGGGAAUCUUCCUCAGGUCCACAGUGACACAGGCAGCAGAGCAAGCCUGAUGGCAGAGGACGAGGGCAGAGUGUCUCCUGAAAUAAACAGCUCCACUUCCCAGAGUGAAGACCCCAGCCUUCAGCUGGUGUCUGUCCUUGUGUUGAAGAUGAGUGAGGUCAGCUGUGGAAUAGAGGCACGAGGGGAUGACUUCUCUGUUGCUGUACAAGUGAUGAACGUGGUUCCAGAGCAACUGAGCAAUGUUGGGAUGUGGCAGUACCUGCGUGGCUACCUGGCUCUAGGAGAUCCAGGUGCAGAGAAGCCUUCAGCCCCUGAAGCUGGUCAGACCCAGCCAGACGUGUGUUUGCGUCUGGAAGCAGGACCUGGUGCUGCUGUGCACUCCCCCCUGGCUGUGCAGAAUGGUUUCCUCCAGAUGCUGGUCCACAGUUACACAGCAGACUUCUUCAUGUCCUUCCUCACCAACCUUGGCCCUUUUCUCGAGGAUGAAAUAAUUCCAGAGGUGAUCCCCAUGGAGAUAGAAGUUGUGGAUGCCAAAAUCACGUUGAAGGAUGACAGCCCCCAGGUGUACCCCACCUCCCCUGGCCCUGUUCCCAUCACCUUGGCAGUGGAUCACGUCAUUGUGAAGCGCAGAGAUGAUGGGGUGUUCUACCUGACAGCCCCCCAAGGGGAGAGCUCAUCUAAACUGGAAAAACCUGUGGCAGCUCUUCAGGAGGAGAAGGCCCCAGUGGAGAGUGUCCCAGGCCCAGCAGCAGGACUGCAGUUAAAGGAAGUGCCAGAGUUGCAAAAGGAGCUUCAGACCAUGAAAAUAGCCCUUGCAGAAGCCAACCUGGACAAGGCUCGUCUUCUGCAGGAAGUUAGGAAAUACAAUCCCCUCUUCCAGCUCUGACAGGGGAGGCUCAGGCUGCAGCUGCCCAGGAGGAGAGGAGACCAGCACCAGCACCAAGGCGGCUACUUUGAUUCUGUUGCUGCUAAACAGGUCGACCUCCUGGAGACUGAUGGCCUCGAGGAAUGGAAACCAACUGUGAUUGCAAAAUAAAGCUGAGAGGGGGAGGGAGGAAGGAUGGUAGUGCUGUCAGCCAUCACCUUUCAUGGUGACAUCUAGAGAUGGUCCGUGUCGGAGUUUCUGCUUCUUUCAGCCUUCUUCAUUGUGUUCUUGCCCAAUCAUCAUGCCAAGGAGCAUAGCAAGAGGAGCACAGUGGCUGCACCAUGUCAGGAGAGGCAGAGAACAUGUCAGAUGGCAGAAAAUACUGCUCAGCUCAGGUGGGGAAGUACAAGACUGUCAUAGGAAAAACAAACAGGAGGUUGGUGGGUGUGGGAGAUGGAGAAGGGGCUUCCACCCAUGGAGGAAGGGGGCUACAGCUCAUUAUUCCCUCAAGAACAGUCAGGAUAGUAAAGAAAUCCCUUCAGCCUUCUUUUUCACUGGUAAUUUGUGGUGUCAAGACAGACUAGUUAGUUUUAUUAGAUUCAGUCUAGUUCAUUCUCACUUAACCCCAGCAUGUUUGGCUUUAUUGAUGCAGAAAAACAAAGGAAUUAAUUUAUUUCAUUACAAAGUGCUGUUUAAACUUAAUUUCACUGUCAAAAGAGCAGGGGGGAAGGAAGUUGGUGAAGUCAUGGAAUGAGAUGACCUGUGGGUUUUCUUUGGGAUAGGUCUUCAAACCAUUGUAUGCCAGUUUCACCAGUGGCCAGAAGAAAAACAGUACUGGUCAUACAAGACAGUAGCUGCUUGUCUUGCUGCACGGUUGUGUGUUUUAAUUAGCACUGAGUCUUAAAUGUCCUUUUAGCAGGGCUGUUGGUGUGUGGGGCAGGGGAAAGGUGCUGAGCAGCCUCCUGGUGGAGCCUGACAAUGUUCACUGGUCCGUGUGGAGAUGGAGCAGGAGCUGUUGGGUUGAGCAUGGUUUGUGUUCUCACCUUUUCUUGGAGCUGCUUCCCUGAAGAGGAGGGAGUCUCUGUGGUCAGUGACUGACUUGAUUUAUAAAGAAGCAGCCUCUAUGAGUGUGGAAGGGGAGAAAAGAAAAAAAAAAAAAAAAGGAAACCCUGGUAUAUUAGGAAGUAAACAGUAAUUUUAAAAUGUCAUUUUUGAAUGGCAGGAAUCAAAUCCAGUCCUGAGAGCAAAUGGUACCUGGUUUCUUGACCUGGUCUGGGCCAUACGAGGUGAUGUGCUGAAGCAGGCAGCUGAAAGGGGCAGUGGUGAAGGGAGAAGCUGCUCCAGAGAACUUGCUCCUUGUCCUGAUAGAGGGGGGGUCUGAUUUGCAGCCCCUCAGUGCUGUGGCUGAGCACCCAUUCCCUCCCCUUACACACACAAUCCUCACUCUCUGCAGUGUGGCUUUUAUCUUAGUUCAGACUUUGAUUUGGGUUUUUCCAGAUGUGUUUUGUGUUUGUGUAAAGGUCCCACUUUUCAUGCACAGGCUUUUUGGUGCCUGCAAGACAGGUAGUGACUGCCACACACUGAGUGCUAGGGAAAGAGACAGAUUCUCUGUGGUUUUCCUUUAAUAAUCAGAUGAAAACCUCACUUGGCUAUAAAGGUCAGAUAACCCUUAUUCUGUUUUUUAGCUGAACACCCCAAAACUUUAAGGUAUUCUUCUAUUUUUGUUCCAUUUUUACUCCACUGCAAUUAGUUUAGCUAAAGUAAAACAUUUUAAUCCUUCUCCCUGUGCAAGGAGCAGCCUCUGAUUUACCAGCCACGAUGAGUUGAGGCCUGGAAACCACACAAAAGCAAGCAAAUAACUUGGGAGUUUUUUGUUUUUUCUCCUGUGCUCUUACAUACUUGUUCCUUUGCCCAGCUCUGGAGCUGUGGAGCACUUCCCCUUAACAAGCACCCCUGAGAUCAUUUUAGUUCUUCCUUGGCUCUAGAGGCAACAGGACCUACUGGCAGCCCCAGGCCAGCUGUGGAGGCACUGCUGCCUGUGGUUUGUGGGGAGCCAAGAGGGAAUUCCUUGUGGUUGUUAGCUUUCCCUUUGAAAAAUGAGGGUAUGUAAGAGAGGGAUGGUGAUUAAAGCAACUGUCACUCUGAAGAUCAUCACCUGAAUUCUGUGUUUGACUCAGUUAAACUGAAGGUAGCUUUGAUCUCUUGUUGGAAUGAGCUCUGGUGAGCCAGGUGUGAGCAGAGCCCUGGGACUCAGUCCUGUUUGUGCCAGGGGCUGACUGAGCAGGGUCUGCAGAUGGAUAUGGCAGUGGAGCCUGAUCCUCCCUCCAGAACCUCUGGAAGCAAAGAGCCACCAACUCAUUAAAAGUAAUGGCCUGUGGCAGAAGUGGGGGAGCUGAGCUCUGGGGGAGCUGAGCUGCAGGAGGCUUCACACUCCCCCUUAGCCUGGGCUGGCUCCAGGAUGUUUGGAUGCUGCCUCCUCCAAGGGAGAGGGUUCCUCCUCCACCUCCUCCUCCUCCCUGUUAAGACAGCCCAGCUGUUUUCUCUGGGGCACAUUCAGAGACCCAGGCCCUGCUGGCUGCAGCCGGUGGUGCUGCCUGUGCUGGGGAAGGCCCCGGAGCAGAGCCUGCCAGGCCUGUUCCCAAGAGGAGAAUGCACUUUGAAUUCUUUAAGCAUCAGCAGGCAUUUCCUUCACCAGUCCUGCCUCGUGCAUCGAAGAGUUCAGAGUCAAAGCAGGGUUCUGAAAUGUGAGUUAACCUUCCAAAGUAAGAAAGAUUCUUGCUGUGAGCAGCUCUCAGAGCAAGGAGGUAACAAGGCCCCUGCCUAUCUAGACCUGCUGUGAAACAAACUCCUCACUCCAAGCUGCACAGAGCCCACCCAGGCAGAAGCUGAACUUUGUUUAGUCAAACCUUUGUGCUUCUGUGCUUGCUCCCUCUUCCCCUGUGAAGCAAGAAACAUUAGAGUGCUUGGUGGGAUGCAAUGGUUUUCUUACUUUUUAGUCACUAAUUGCUUGAAAAUGGAAGGUUUCUUUUCUUCUCUUUCAAAUUUUGGUGACUUUUUGUUGGAGUAGGUGUCCAGCUUCAUCUCCAGCCAGCUUGGGAAGUGAGGAGGGUGCAGGUAUUUUUAGUGGAUGUGGUGCCUCCUUGCUGUGUCACACAACCCCUUCCCCUCCCUCCCUCCCAGGGCUGCAGACUGGACAGAACUGGGGCCAAGUCGUUUACAGCAAAUUUCUUGCUCCAGCAACUCCAGUCAACUGGUUUUGUUCAAGAAUUAAAGCACUUCCAUUGUUUUAAGCACCAGUGAAAAGUACUGUACAUCAACACCCACAUCUUUUCUGCAGGGCACAGGUGUGAGAGGAUAAACUCCUCUCUCUCCAUGAAUGGUGAGCAGCAAAGUUUACUUUUUAGAGCCUUUUAUUUAAGGACUCAGUCUCUGUUGUGAUGAGAGCCAACUUCAACCUUGGUGUGACCCCAGCAGUGCCCCUGGGAAGGGCACAGGGCCUCAGCACCUCUUGCAUUUCAUCAGGAGCAGUGUGUUCACAGGGGACUUCUGAUGUACAGGGGGGUCAUGUGCAAAUCUGAACUUGAACUUGAGUUUUAGGCAGUAUUGGAACUCUGUUGCAGUAUAUUUCCACUCAUGCAUUUAUUGGUUCUAUGAACCAUGCAAAGAAAUUAAACUUGUUAACCUCCA